CCAGAGCAGCGUCAGAGGGCAGCGGUCGACUUGCUGUCACUCAACCUCGGUCUCUCCCAUCUCCCCAAAAGAUAAAUACAACCCGAGCCCAGCAUGACCCUGACGCAGAAACCGACCAUGCUUGUCACCGACCACGUUCAUCCCUGGCCUGCUGAGGUUCCUUUCCACCGACAGGCUGCAGAGGUUCCCGGGACGAAGAAGCCAGGCCAGACCGGCAUCUACCACAAUGCGAUUUUUGGCUACAUCGACAAGGAUACUCCCGGAACCUUCCACACCGUCGAUGAAAUCUUCAAAACUGGUCUCAAGGGUGGACGCGACAGGAAGAUGCUUGGCCAUCGGCCGCUUAUUUCGACGUCGCCGCUCAAGUUUGCUAACUAUUACGUAUGGCAGACGUACGGCGAGGUCGACCUGCGUCGGCGCUGGAUAGGCAGUGCUUUGGUCAAGCUCUUUUCAUCUGGUCAGCUUGGAGGAGGAGAGUUCGAAACCGUUGGUAUCUGGUCGCAGAACCGACCCGAAUGGCAAACCAUCGAUAUCGCCCUCCAAAGUUACAAUAAAGUUGGUGUUUCUCUGUAUGAUACCCUGGGCAAGGACGCGGUCGAGUACAUUAUCAAUCACUCUCACCUUACUGUCGUUUUUACUACCGCCGACCACAUUCCCGCCUUAUUAAAGUUGGCACCCUCAAUACCGAUCGUAAAAAUGAUCGUGUCUAUUGAUCCAUUACCGGCCCAGGCGUGGAAUAUCAUGCUUCAGUGGAGCCAAACUGUCGGUGUCCAACUCAAGAAACUCAGCGAAAUCGAAGAGUUGGGACGAGCUAACUUGAUUGAACCCAUCCCGGCAACACCUGAACAAUUGACUUCCAUCUGUUACACAUCCGGAACUACCAGUAACCCCAAGGGUGUAUUAUUAACUCAUCGGAAUAUGGCAUCGGCUACACAGUCUCAUCUUUACGGUCUCAUUCUUCCAGAGGACGGAAGUUUGCUGUCUUUCCUACCUUUGGCACAUAUCUACGAGCGAGUCACUGAGUUCGUCUGUAUCGGAAUGGGAGCGAGCAUCGGCUACUUUAGUGGUGAUCCCUUGCGCCUGAUGGAGGAUGCGCAAGUUCUCAAGCCAGUCAUGAUCCCUGCGGUCCCUCGUGUUUUUAAUCGUAUAUAUCAAGGUGCCAUGGCGGCUGGUGAUAUUCCCGGAUUGAAGGGUGCCUUGUUCAGAUAUGCCGUUCAGACCAAAUUAUAUUGGCUACGCGAGACUGGUACUGUUACCCAUGCAUUGUGGGAUCGACUCGUCUUCCGGAAGGUCAAGGCUGUUUUGGGUGGUCAAAUGGAGACUAUGAUCUGCGGUUCAGCGCCCAUUAAUAAGGAUGUCUUAGACUUCUUGAAGAUCGCCAUGUGUUGCAACAUUCUUGAAGGAUAUGGCAUGACCGAAACAUGCGCGACGACGACGAGGGCGAUCCCAGACGAUCCUACCGCGGGUGGAACCGUCGGCCCGCCUCAACCUGCGAACGAGAUCAAGCUAAUUGAUGUUCCAGCCAUGAACUACACUUCCGAAGACAAACCGUUCCCUCGCGGGGAACUUUGUGUAAGAGGCGACAACUGUUUCACUGUUUACUACAAGGAUGAGAAGAACACGAAAGAAACAGUCGAUGCGGAAGGUUGGCUCCACACUGGUGAUGUCGCCGCUAUCGACGAUAGUGGGCGUGUCAAGAUUAUAGAUCGUGUCAAGAACAUCAUGAAGCUGUCCCAGGGGGAGUAUGUCGCUCUCGAGAAGAUUGAGAAUACAUACGGUGCCUGCCCGGUAGUUGCCCAGAUCUAUAUUCAUGGAGACUCGAUGCAAGCAUACUUGCUGGCCGUUGUCGUCCCAGACCCCAUUCAACUUGCGGCUAUUGUUUCGGACGUGACGGGCAACGAUGUGACUCCGGACAACACUCCUGUGUUGUUGCAGGCGUGCAGGGACAGCAAGAUCAACCAUAAGGUGCUCUCCAUACUGACUCAGGAGGCGAAGAAAAAUGGUUUGAAGGGUUUCGAGACCAUUAAACGUAUCCACCUCAGCAUGGAGCCCUUCACUGUGGAUAACGGUACACUGACCCCGACCCUCAAAAUUCGACGGAAGGAUGCUUAUAGCAAGUACAAAGCAGAACUCGACGGUCUUUAUGCCCUCGGAGAGCCAACUGCCGAGGUUACAACCAGGCUAUAACGGUUGCUAUAACGGUUGCUAUAACGGGUUAUCAGGUCGAUGAGUGCUGGCGGUGUUUCUAUUAUACUAUACGACUUUAUUUUGCGCAGGAGAUGUAAUGUUUUAGUUCUACAAUUGUAUUUCUCGUUCACCAUUUGUGCAUGUGUGUAAGUAACGCUUCAAAGUACGUAUCUGAAAUCACGGUUUUGGACAU